UGCGCAUGUGCACUCUAGAAUCCUCCGAUCUACCUUCUGCGCAAGCGCUCUGCGCAGCCGCAGUGAGAAGUGCGUCAGCAGACAGGAGAAGCAGCAGCAGACUAGUGUGCCGGUGAUAGGUGGGAGCGAGGGACAUGGCGGAUGGAGAGCGCUCCCCUCUCCUCUCGGAUCUCGGGGAUGGAGGAGGCUUGGUUGGAGCAGUGGGCCCCGGAGCUCCUUCGCCAGGUAGUGCUCUUCCUUCUGCUCCUCCGUACGGUGGUCCUGGACCCACCCCCAGCAACAAGCCGCAAGGAUUUCCUGUGUUCCCGACGUCUCAUGGUUCCAUGUUACCUAGCGAGGACCCUCCACCUUAUUCACCACUGACAAGUCCUGAAAGUGGCUCUGCCCCCAUGAUAACAUGCAGGGUCUGCCAGUCGCUCAUCAAUGUUGAGGGUAAAAUGCAUCAGCAUGUAGUGAAAUGUGGAGUCUGCAAUGAGGCUACACCCAUAAAGAAUGCCCCCCAGGGGAAGAAGUAUGUUCGUUGUCCCUGCAACUGCCUGCUAAUUUGUAAAGUCACCUCCCAGAGGAUAGCCUGCCCCAGGCCAUACUGUAAACGAAUCAUCAACCUUGGCCCAGUCCAUGCUGGUCCUCUCAGCCCAGAGCCACAGCCUGUCGGAGUACGAGUCAUCUGUGGACAUUGCAAGAACAAUUUUCUGUGGACAGAUUUUUCAGACCGGACGCUGGCACGCUGCCCGCACUGCCGGAAAGUCUCCUCUAUUGGACUGAGGUACCCACGAAGGAGAUGUGUCUGCUGCUUCCUAAUGGGAUUCGUCUUUGCUUUGGCGGCCGCUGGACUUGUGGCGGGCACUUGGACAUUGGCACGCAAAUAUGGAGGAAUCUAUGCCUCUUGGGCAUUGUUGCUGCUGUUGGCAUUGAUAUGCAUGGGGCGUGCCAUUUAUUGGGCAUGCAUGCGAGUCAGUCACCCAAUCCAGAGCUUCUCAUGAGCCUGUCUAGACCUGCCUCCCCUAGCUCCUCCCUUGGUGGCCAGAAUGGAAGUAACCUCUGGAAGGCACAGGGCGGAGUCAUUGCUGUGGCCAUUGACCAGCGGAAUGAAUCCAUGCUGCCUUACAAAGCAGUGCUGACUAUAACUCCACUAUUCUUAAUUCACCUGCUAACGUUAACCGCUGCCCAUGGUUGACCUCUUUCCCACUAGGGGCUGCAAAGCACUGCAGGAUCCUGGAGCUGUAAAGGGGUUGAUUUGCUUUUUAAUCAUUCUGUUGAUUUUGAAAAA